GAGCUUCUUAAUAAAUCCUCGCCCUUGGACACCGCCUGCUUCUGCUUCUCUCUGCUUAGCCAUGAGGGAUCUGUGCUUCCCCCUCGUUCUUCUGGUGCUCCUCGUCGGCGCACGGUGCCCCGCCGCCACCGGGGAGGAGAAGGCUGCGAAGGGCGGGAAGCCCUGGCUCGACACGGGCGGGCUGAGCCGGGGGGCGUUCCCGGCGGGGUUCACGUUCGGGACGGCGGCGUCGGCGUACCAGGUGGAGGGAAUGGCGCUCCAGGACGGCCGGGGGCCCAGCAUCUGGGACGCCUUCGUCAAGAUCCCAGGGGAGAUAGCUAACAAUGCUACUGCCGAUGUCUCCGUGGACGAGUACCAUCGUUACAAGGAAGACGUGGAUAUCAUGAAAAAGAUGAAUUUUGAUGCAUAUCGUUUCUCGAUCUCUUGGUCACGCAUUUUUCCAGAGGGAGAAGGAAGAGUGAAUUGGAAGGGAGUGGCUUAUUACAACAGACUGAUUAAUUACAUGCUACUGCGAGGCAUCACUCCCUAUGCAAAUCUCUAUCACUAUGACCUCCCGGAGGCACUGGAGAAGAAGUACAAUGGCUUGUUGAGCAGGAGAAUUGUGGAUGCUUAUGCGAACUAUGCGGAAUUUUGUUUCAAGACGUUCGGCGACAGGGUGAAGAACUGGAUGACAUUUAACGAGCCAAGAGUAGUAGCAGCUCUCGGAUACGAUGACGGCAAAUUUGCUCCAGGGAGGUGCACGAACUGCUCGGCUGGGAACUCUGCUACCGAGCCAUACAUCGUUGCACAUAACAUGAUCCUUUCUCAUGCCGCCGCCGUCAAAAGAUACCGUGACAAGUAUCAGGCUAAACAAAAAGGUCGAAUUGGUAUACUCUUGGAUUUUGUUUGGUAUGAACCACUCACGGACUCGAAGGACGACCAAGACGCAGCUCAAAGAUCGAGGGAUUUCCAUCUGGGAUGGUUCCUGCACCCUAUAAUCUACGGUGAGUACCCGAAAUCGAUGCAGGAGAUAGUUCAAGCAAGGCUUCCCAAGUUCACCGAAGAAGAGAUCAAGAUGGUCAAAGGCUCCAUCGACUACGUGGGGAUCAAUCAGUACACGGCUUACUACAUGUUCGACCCUCAUCUUCCCAAGCAGGAGAAGCCCACUCGUUACCAGUCGGACUGGAAUGCCGGAUUCGCAUUCGAGCGCAAUGGUGUGCCAAUCGGACCAAGAGCGCACUCCGAGUGGCUUUACAUCGUUCCCUGGGGGAUGUACAAAGCUGUGACCUACGUGAAGGAGCACUACGGCAACCCCACUGUGAUCUUAUCUGAGAACGGAAUGGACGAUCCCGGAAACGUCACUCUUCGACAGGGGCUGCACGACACCACCAGGAUCAACUACUACCGGAGCUACAUAACGGAGCUGAAGAAGGCGAUCGACGACGGCGCCACCGUGAUAGGUUACUUCGCCUGGUCCCUGCUCGACAACUUCGAGUGGAAGUCCGGAUACACGUCCAGGUUCGGGAUCGUGUAUGUGGACUACAAGAACCUCCGGCGGUACGCGAAGAUGUCGGCGUACUGGUUCAAGCAGAUGCUCGACAGAGGUAAGAGGAACUGAGCCAGGAAUGGCUCCCGUGCUUCGAUCGAUUUCGUUCCUUCCUCAGCGCUGUAUCGGCUGAAGUGGCUGCCAACAGAGUCUGUAUCCGAACCGCAGCAUAACAAUAAAGGAGGAGUUGGUGAUCGGACAAUGCUUUCCAUGCUCUUGCUGUUGGAAAUCUUCGUGUCGUGGGCAAUCAAACCGGUUUAGAUGUUAUCGAGUGAUCUCUGGAGUCAAAUCGACAUAUCGUUUCUCCU